UCAAAAGACGCCAGGAUAAUUAUUGGCAUGUUCUAUUCAGACAUGGCGAGAAAGGUCUUUUGCGCGGCUUAUAAAAUGGGAAUGUAUGGGAAGCAGUACCAGUGGAUCAUCCCUGGAUGGUUUGAUGCAAGAUGGUGGGAAGUAAAGGAUAAUGGUCUUGAAUGCACGCCUGCGCAAAUAAAGCAAGCCGCUGGUAAUUAUUUUGCUGCUAUGGAGGCAACGUGGAGUAGCGAUCCAAGACCAACAAUCAAUGGUCAGAACGCGGCAACUCUUAAACAGCGGUACACGGAACGAGUCAAAAAUACGUCUUACACACAUAACGAAUACAGUGUCUUUGCUUAUGACGCGAUCUGGGCUGUUGCCUUGACGCUGAACAACUCAAUAGAAACACUGCGGGCUCAAGGGAAGACACUGGAACAGUUCAACUUUAGCGACGCAUCCAUGUCAAGGGUUUUUCAAGAAAAGCUUCAAGGACUUCAUUAUCGAGGAAUGUCUGGAGAAAUAGCCUUUGAUAAUUUUGGAGAUCGAGUCGGCGUGGUAGUUAUCGAACAAUUACAAGACAACGCUGAAGUGUUGGUCGCAGAAUACGAUUCUCACUCAAGCACUUUGCGCUUCAAUGGCAAAAAGGUCAUCUGGCAAGGUGGCUCACCCCCUGUUGACCAAACCCUUAUAAGCAUGGAGCUCGUGUCUGUCUCUCUCCCAUUGAUGAUCUUCAUGACAACCUUUGCCGUUCUUGGGAUUAUCCUUGCUACUGGAUUUCUAGCUUUCAACAUAUAUUACAGUAAUCGUCGAUUUAUUCGUAUGAGCAGUCCUCGUCUCAACUCCAUCACAGUCAUUGGAUGCAUCCUCAUCUACCUCUCUGUCAUCUGUUCGGGCAUCGCUGAUGGAAAAUUCGUUACGCCUUCACGAUACUCCAUAAUGUGUCAGAGUCAAGUUUGGGUGUUAUGUAUCGGUUUCACCUUGGCUUACGGUGCAAUGUUCUCCAAGACAUGGCGAGUUCAUAUCUUGUUUUUGAAGAAGAUAGAGCGAAGGUCAAUAAAGGACCAUCAACUCCUCGUAAUGGUUGCUGGGCUUUUAUUCAUUGACGUCAUAAUCUUGAUCACGUGGCAAGUUCUCGAUCCAUUACAAUACGCAAUAAGAUAUCUUCCUGUCGUUGAGGAUAAGGACGGGUUCUCGGCCAAAAGACCAUACAUUGAGUUCUGCUCAUGCCAAGACACUAUAAAAUGGAAAGCAACGAUUUUCACCUUCAAAGGUCUUUUACUAAUAUUUGGUGCUUUCUUGGCAUGGGAAACACGUAAUGUGACGAUCCCCGCCCUUAACGACUCCAAGAACAUUGGUAUAUCUGUCUACACAGUCGUCUUAUCUUGUACCGUUGGGUUGCCUGUGGUAAUGGUAAUCACAAGAAUGCCAGACUUCACGUAUGGUCUAAGUUCUGCCAUGUGUUUGGCUUGCACUACCAUUACACUCUGCUUGAUGUUUGUACCGAAGAUAAUGAUGUUGGGCAAACCUGAUUUAGAGCAAAAAGACACGCAAAAUGAGCGUACGGGGUUUUAUGGCACGAAGAGUAACGCAAUCGUUCCCAGUGAUAGCAGAAGUAUUUCCAGUGGUCAGAAAGAUCCCCCGCCUCCUGGUGAAACACAAACAAUCUUCCAAUCCAUAAGAAAAGCUUCUAAAGUCGUUCAGAUUAAAGAAGAGACAAAUAUGGAUUGCAAUAAUUCAACAACAAUAGAGAGUGCUGAGGCGGCUCAAGAAGCUACAACCGAGCCGGCAAAGGACGCAACAGAGUCCAAAAUUUGAAGGACGUUAACUUUAAUCGUGUAUUUUAUAGAGAAAAUGAAAGCCUCACUCUGGAAUGCAUAAGAUACUGACAGCAGGGAUCUUUGCUACCUUAUCCAGGCGUACCUCAAAGAUUUGUUUUGGGACCCUUCUUGUAAACCAUCCAUAUCAGUUCACUGUCUUAGAAAGAGUCUAUGAAGAGGUAGUCAUUCCACUUUCUUAAGCAAUCACCUUAAUCUGAAAGCUAUUUAAAAUUUGUAUUAUACUAGAUACCCAUAGUCAUUAAUAUUUUUGUCACGUCAAUAUCGUUUUCUUGCGCAUCGUAUAUAGAGCAAUUUCCGUAUGACCGUGAAAAGCACAGAGCCGUAAGCGUGCCGUGACCGUGAUGUUUUCUAGAAAUUUAAUUGGCUGAUUUUUUUUUUUUUCUCGCGCAAUGUGAUUGGUCUGGCAGUGACGUGACCUUGUGAUCGUCGUGUUCAUACCGUGUUCCAUGUAUUUGAUUGGUUGGAGAGUAAAUUCUCGUGCAAUAUGAUUGGACUGGCGCAUGCCUUGCUGUGUCACGAUCGUGUUCGUGACAUGAGCUUUUCACAGUCAUAUGAAAACUGCUCUAAAAAACACUGACCAAGUCAGCUAGUUUCUAGUUUAGAGCUUGACUCACUUUUAUCUAUGCGCGCGGCGAUGGCGAACCGAGUAGUGGAAAGAAACUGGUAAGAAAUGUAACAUUCUCCAGUCUAUUUUGUAUUUCAUUCGCGCGCGUGGUUUUCCUGGGUCGAAUUGCUGCGCUCGUGGUUCCACUUGAGUUUGGAUCAUUUUUGACGUCAUUUCAUGUUCGAUUACAGUACAGACCCAUAGAAAACUGACUUUGAUUUGUUUUUUACCAUAACAAAUUCGAAACAAUUGAAAAAGACAAGUAAAUAGUUUGAAAAGCCUUCUAAUCUAGCCUCUAAUCGACAAUGGUUCUAAGCCAAUCAGCUCUUGAGAAAUUUCCAAGUUAUGGUAAAAUUGUUAAUUGUUUAUUGUGGGAAUGUUUUAAGAUGCAUAUUUACAAGAUGGCAUCAAUUUCGUCCGCUAAAACAGUUUCACAAUGCACUGCAAUGUCUACUCGAUUCAGUUUUUUUCUCAACCUCGUAAUGGUUAAAUAAAUAAUUCUAGAAACACUAGAGGCAUGUAUGAAGGAUUUGAUCAUGUUUCAUUCAUUGUUAAGUAAGAAAUCACUAAUCCGUUAAAAUAUUAAGGCAAUUUAGACAAUGAUAAUAAACUAAAUAGAGUGACCACAGUAAAUCCGUGAAACUUUAGUAAUACUAAAUAGCACAAUUUCAUGCGAAUUCCAUUGUUUUCUAUUGUUUAAUUAGCACUAUUUUGUACUAUUUAGUAAUUAGUGUUUCACGGAUUUACUGUGGUCACUCUACCAUAAUAUGACCCAACAUAAAAAAUAUAUUCAUAGAAACUGAGUGUGCAAACGCAGUAUAUUUAUAACGUAGGUAUUUAAAGUAAAAUGACUGAUACGAAAUAUACUUUGCUUUGGUUUA